AUUAGAGAUCAACCCGUUAUACAAUCAUCAUUCAGGUGAUUCAGCAAUGGAGCAGUAUUGAAAACACACAUAUUUUACAUUAUUUUGAAGUUUUAACCUGUAGUGAUUUCGCGUAUAAUAAACUCUUCUCUCCAGCCUCUAGACGAAUACAGUUUCAUAUGCUUCAGUCUUCUCGCUCAAUUCAAAGCCAAUUCCAGAGAUGCCGGGUCAAUAAUUUACUUUUAAUACAAUCAAGGGAGUCCACACGUUCUGCAAGUGAUCUUUGUUUACGAAGAGAGUAAUGAACUAGUACUUUUUAAAAAAAAAUCGAGAAUGUGCACGGCUACAAACAGGACAAGUCCCGUAUGUCGUGAAGUUCAGAUUCGUGAACUUGUGACCGACCUUGAAGUUGAUCAGCAAACAAUUGAAAUACAGGACCGCUCUAUAGUGUACUCGGGUCUCGGGGACUCCAAAGAUUGUGUUAGCGGUAUACGUGUGCCAUCAUCAAAGCUGCAGGCAGCCAUGAAGCGAAAACGAGGGAAGAUUACACGGCUAUAUUCUACUCGAAUUAUGACAGGGUGGAUUAAAUGGUUUCACAAUGCAAUUAUUAAUAACACCUGAAUAUAUAUAUACAUGCACAAAAGAGUGUGUAAUACGGGGUCAAAGUCGAAAAAUUAUGAUCACGAGAAGUUCGCCGCAUGCACAUGAAGAUUAUUAUAGAUAUGGAUUUUGAGUGAUUCGGAUGUCAGUACCUGAAACUCGGAACUCUUUGAAUUAUUAUAGAUAUGGAUUUUGAGUGAUUCGGAUGCAAGUUGUUCGGAUGUCAUGUACCUGAAACUCGGAAAUCUUUGAACCUCACUCGCCCUGAAAACAAAUCAUAACGUAUUGAACGCAGUCUUGUAAGGAAUCCAUGUCCUACUUUGCCAACACUUCUUCCUUGUGUAAAUUGUUUGUAUUAUCGAUCUGACUUCGGAAAUAUUUGGUGCAUGCCAUGAACGUUCGAGAAAAGGAGCCUGCGCAUUAUUUCGUAGCAACAAAGGUAGCGAUCAAGUAUCGAACGCUUUCGGGGGACCUUUCGUAAUAGAAUGGUAAAAAUAUUCAUACUUUCCACUUAUUUGAUGGCCACGAUUUCAGACAUUAAUUGUUAUGCAUGUCAACGUUCUUUUCAUGGAAUAAAUCUGUAUAGGCUGCUUUGAACCAGUAAGCCCCUUUUUGGUGAUCAUACCACAAUACCACUUGGGCAAACGAGUGGGAUAGCGCCAACCAAACCUUGUACAUGUAUUCUCUCUAUUAAUAAUAUCAUGAGCGACCAUUUAAGACUGUAACGUGACCAUUUGAAAGGGGGGAAAAGAGACACAUAUUGUGAAAAAUGACUAGCUUUCGGCCAACGUCGGAUCCACUCGGCCGUGCCAAACUGGUCAAGUCCAUGAUGACGAUUGUUUUCUGUAUGGUUAUAGGAUAUGCGUUCCUUUCCGUCAAAACUGACUCAUUUCUGAAGCGAGGGUUAGAGACUAAACAUGGAGGCGUCCCCAGAUUGAAAUCUUUCAGCCAAGAGGCGAAGGCAUCGGGCAGAAGGCUCCUGGUGGUCAGUGAGAACGGGGAUGAUGAGGGCAACUGUACGGUGAGAGGGAUCAGCAAGUUUCCACCGGGCGUCUUCACGAACGAGCAAAGGAAGAACGGGGCCCUGGUCGUCAACUUUCUCGUCGCUCUCUAUCUAUGUGGUGCUAUCGGUUACGUGUGCUCGGCCUACUUCGUCCCUUCGCUUGAAAUACUUUGUGAACGACUUAAACUCCAGCCCGAUGUAGCGGGAGCAACGUUUAUGGCAGCUGGAAGUUCAGCUCCUGAACUCUUCUCGGCUGUAAUCGGAACAUUCAUAUCGUAUGAUGAUACUGGGCUGAGUGCUAUUGUGGGUUCGGCAGCAUUCAACAUCUUCGUCAUCAUCAGCUUAUGUUGCUUCUUCGCUGGACAGGAACUCGUAAUUCACUGGUGGCCAUUUUGUCGGGACUGUUUUGUAUAUGUGAUCAGUAUUUUGAUAAUGGUAGUUGUUAUUAUGGACGGGGAAAUUCAAUGGUGGGAAGGAUUAAUACUCUCCUGUGGUUACAUCGUCUACAUCGCCAUCAUGUAUUUCAACCCGUAUCUCUCAAUGCGGGCCUCGGAAAUAGAGGAGAGAUGGAGACGACGAGGCGGUAACCACAGCAACCCAACAUCCGAAGACGCGGUAGGUUUACUCUCCGACAAACAUAGCGAGACUUCCUACGGAACGACGGCUUAUCACGAAACGCCGAUGACGAACAGUGAGCUGAGUCACCAUAGCAACGGGGCCAUUCCUAAUAUCGAGCACGCUUACGAUCCCGAUGUCGAAGGCUACAAGGAGAAACCUCGCACGGUGACGACCACCAGCUCCGUGGUCACUGACCACCCGCCCCUCUCGGAGCACGAUAGCAAUGUCUUCUAUCCACCGUCUUCUUGGUUCUUCCGCGUCCUGUGGGCCGUUGGCCUUCCCGUCGUCCUCGUCACCUACCUGACCGUUCCCGACUGUAGGAAACCGGGGUUGUGGAGGCGGCUUUACUUCUUCACCUUCAUCAUAUCGACCGCCUGGUUGGCUGGGUUGGCUUACGUACUCUAUUGGAUGAUCGUAGUAAUAGGAUACACUCUUGAUAUACCAGAUACAGUGAUGGGUAUCUCCCUGCUGGCGGGAGGGACAAGCGUACCUGAUGCCAUCGCUAGUAUCCUUGUAGCGAGAGACGGAUACGGUGACAUGGCCCUGUCAAACAUAGUCGGGAGCAACAUCUUCGAAGUGUUCAUCUGCCUGGGCCUGCUGUGGUUCAUCUACGGCAUCGCCUUCCAACAGCCCGUCGAGAUCGCCAGCGAAGGGCUGGUCUUCACCACCAUCGCUCUCCUGCUCACCGUCGCUUUCAUCCUCCUCGCCAUUCACCUGAACGGAUGGAAGCUGGAUUUUAAGAUGGGCGUCAUCUGCAUGGUCGUCUACCUCGGAUUCAUCUCCAUCGCUGUCCUUUGGGAGCUCGGGGUUAUCGUCGGCAUUGAAUUUCCGGUCUUCUGUGACGGGCCGACCUGAUCUACAGGUCAUGUGGUAUACAACCACGCAUCCCGUUAUCAUGAACCAAGCCAUAAGACGUGGGCGUUAAGGUGCAAUGUAAGAGAAAACUUCAGGCAAUAUGAGACAGACUUGUUUUAUAUUAAAACCGGCGCUCACUAUACCACUGUGGUCUGAUUUUCAAAGCAAUUGUGCAAAGAUAGCAUUUGAUAUGAAUGUUCCAACCUAUAAAAUCUUAAAGGGGCAGUGAACUGUGUGUGGUCUCUCAUUAACUGUGUGUUAUAAAAACAAUAAUAUAUACAUCUUUCAGACAUCUACUUUACACUACAGAGAAUAGACCUAUAGUUGUAUUUGUAUAGAGAAACUAAAAUGUUUUGAGAGGAAAAUAAUUGUUUUGCUACUUGGUAACAUAAUUGUUGCGGUAUAAUGCGUAUUGAGUAGUUAAUUAGCAUGGAUGUCAUUCUAGUGGGUCUAUAUAACUAAACUACCCUAGCAUUAUGGGUAAGGAAACUGGCCAGGUAUGAGUAGUUGAGGACUCGAGAUGGCGCUAUUGGCUCGUAUCUGCUUUAAAGGACAAGUCCAUCCCGACAAAAAGUUGAUUUGAAUAAAAGGUGAAAAAUUCAACGAGCAUAACACUUAACAUUUCAUCAAAAUCGGAUGAAAAAUAUAAAAAUUGUGACAUCUUAAAGUUUCACCAAAUUUCACAAAACAGUUAUUAUGCAGAUCCUGUCCAAGUAUGCAAUGAGCAGACUGAUGGCGUCAUCCACUCACUAAAAAAUUUCAGCUCGCGCUUCGCGCUCGCAUUAAUUUGUUGGUGAGAUAUGUGUUUCUAUCUCAUAUAAAUAUAUAUAUAUAUAUGCAUAUGUGUGUGUGUGUUUGUGUGAGUUUGUUUGUUUUGUGUGAUAUCGAGCGCCUUUGGAAAGUUGAUUCAUGAUUUUGCCCCCCAAAUCUUAAAAAAAGAUCGACGCCCCUGUGUAUGUGUGUGUGUGCCAAUUGGCUUUGGAUAAAAUUGCUGAGAAAUGAGCAAAAUAGGCACAGAAUUCCAUACAAUGUCGGGUAUUUUCCAAGCAAUAUUAAAUAAACUGUCCCACAUAAUGUCUUUUUGUGAUAGUUAUCAUCAGAAUUAUCGGUUUUCAGCUAAGAUUUCACAAAGAUUUGACAUAGAUGAGCUGAUUUUAAUGUACGAGAUCUAGAUCUAUGAUAAUAUUAUGGUGAUUAUUACCUUGAUUUUAAACCCUUUCUUAUGUUUGCUGCAGUUACUUUCUUUUCACGUUUAAAGUUACUCUAGAGCUAAUAAAUGGCUAAUAAUCAUUACAGAGUGAAAUCCAAAUCUAACUAUAAAAUGGAAAAAUGUAUCAGAACACGGUGUAUUCAGUAUUAAAGCAGUCAAGAGGCAAUUAUUGUGAUAUAGAAAUGUUAUCAUUACAUGUAUUGGGUCAGAAAUAAAUAUGCAAGUACGUUGCACAUUAUGUACCUUAUACAAUGU